AUGGCGCGCGUUGGCCGCAUGGGCUUCCUGGCCCUGGCGAUUGUCUUCCAUCUAAUCUAUACCUACUCCAUCUUCGAUAUCUACUUCGUCAGCCCAAUCGUGAGUGGAAUGCGGCCACAUGAAGUCGAGCGCGACCCCGGAAUCAAUGCGCCAGCGAAACGAUUAUUCCUUUUCGUCGGCGACGGCCUCCGCGCAGACAAAGCCUUCCAGUCCUUUCCCGACCCAUCUCCCCCUCCCGACGCGUGUCCGGACGCGGAGACCUGCGAUGAGCAGUACUUAACGCCUAAACCGCUUGCGCCGUUUCUGCGCUCGCGCGUCCUGCAUCACGGCACGUUUGGCGUCUCGCAUACGCGUGUGCCCACCGAGUCGCGGCCAGGCCAUGUUGCGCUCAUUGCAGGACUGUACGAGGAUGUCUCGGCGGUGAUGACUGGGUGGAAGCUAAACCCCGUCAAUUUUGAUAGCGUAUUCAACCGCAGCAGGCAUACCUGGAGCUGGGGCAGCCCGGAUAUUCUCCCCAUGUUCAAGGAGGGUGCUGUGCGGGGAAGAAUUGAUGCCGAGACAUAUGGGGAAGAGGCUGAAGACUUUACGCAGGAAUCGACUCAAUUGGAUAUAUGGGUUUUUGACCGAGUAAAAGAACUAUUUGCUCGUGCUAAAGAGGACGCGGAGUUGAAUGCAAAGCUGAGAGAGGAUAAAGUAGUCUUCUUUCUGCAUUUACUGGGCCUUGAUACCGCUGGUCAUUCUUAUCGGCCAUAUUCGAAGGAAUAUCUACACAAUAUCAAGGUGGUCGAUCAAGGAGUACGUGAAAUUACGGAAUUGGCCGAGGAAUUCUAUGGCGACGGGGAAACUGCUUUCGUUUUUACCGCCGAUCACGGCAUGAGUGACUGGGGCAGCCAUGGUGAUGGGCACCCACAGAAUACUCGAACUCCGCUUAUUGUCUGGGGCUCGGGGGUGGCCAAACCAAAGGUUUCCAACCGGGGCGUUGCCCCUGGCCAUGAAGAUGGUUUCUCGUCGGACUGGGAUCUCGACCAUGUUCAGCGGCACGACGUGGCACAAGCCGAUGUUGCCGCGCUCAUGGCCUACUUAGCUGGCCUCGAGUUUCCUGUCAAUUCUGUGGGCCAGCUUCCGCUCGACUACAUUGACGCAUCUCCUAAGCAGAAAGCUAGAGCGGCACUGGCCAAUGUGCAAGGUGUGCUUGAAAUGUACCACAUAAAAGAAGAGCAGAAGCGAUCUGCAACGCUCAGGUAUAAACCAUACAGCCUAUUUGCGGACCCCGAAUCUUCCCCCAAUGCUCAAGUCUCCGAGAUCCGCAAGUUGAUUGACAAAAGGAAGUACGAUGAAUCAAUUGCCCGUUCAUCAGAGCUUCUAAAGCAGACUCUCGAUGGCCUGCGAUAUCUCCAGACCUAUGACUGGCUCUUUUUGCGAACUAUUGUUACCGCAGGAUAUCUUGGGUGGAUUGCCUACUCCUUGGCCACGGUCAUCGACCUCCACGUUCUUCACCAAAGCUCCCAGCCCUCUCGAAGCACGUUCACUACAAUGAUAUUUUCGUCUGUGUUAGUUGGCCUGUAUUCUGUUCUCUGGACCCAAAAGUCUUCGUGGCGGUACUAUGCUUAUGCCAUAUUUCCCGUCUUUUUUUGGGAAGAAGUGGUAGCCAAACGAGAGGCACUUGCGGCUGGAAGGCGGAUUCUCCUAGGCCACGUUCGAUCAUUCUCCGGAUACUUUUUCUUUGUACUACAAGCAAUCGCGUACCUUGCGGUAUUAGAGGCGUUGGUGCAGUCGUAUUUUCACCGCGAGAUUUACACCGUUUGUUAUAUACUCGCUGGUUUCUGGCCGCUCUUUUAUGGUAUCAAUUUCCUCACCCGCAACAAGCUCAUCGUAGCGACUUGGGCAGUUGGGUGUGGGCUGCUGAGUAUCUUCACUCUCCUUCCUGUGAUUAAAGUUGGGGACUCCAAGACGAUCACCCUAGGAGGCAUUCUCAUGUUUUCAACCGGUCUUUUCUAUAUGAUGUUUGAAGAGAGCUUGACGAUCCCAUCCAAAACAAAACAUGGGCUGAAAGGUACCCUUUCACUUGGCUCCCGUGUUAUCAUGGGCAUCCAGUUGGGUCUGAUUCUACUUACCAUCGUCGUUACAAGGUCAAGCUUUGCAGCUUUGCAAGCUAAAAGCGGCUUGCCCCUUGGCAAUCAGGUCGUUGGGUGGUUUGUUAUGGUAUUAUCGCUUUUGAUGCCGUUCAUCCAUAAACUAUAUCCCAACCGCCAUUAUCUCCACCGCCUCGUCAUGCUCUUCCUUACUUUCUCGCCCACCUUCAUCCUCCUGACUAUAUCCUACGAAGGGCUUUUCUACUUCACCUUCUGUGCAUCCCUUCUGACCUGGGUCAGACUCGAACACCGCAUCCAUCUUCACACAUCCUCACCCUCCCCAACAAAAACAACAACAUCGACCAAUAACUCCAAUAACGGGGAACUCCAGCCCGCCCACCACCACGACGACUACCGGAGCCUGACCCUAUCCGACGCGCGCAUCGCGCUCUUCUUCCUCUUCCUCCUCCAAUCCGCCUUCUUCAGCACGGGCAACAUCGCCUCGAUCUCGUCCUUCUCGCUCGACAGCGUGUACCGGCUGAUCCCGGUGUUCAACCCGUUCUCGCAGGGCGCGCUGUUGAUGCUGAAGAUCCUCAUUCCGUUCGCCAUCAUCAGCGCGAACCUGGGCAUCCUCAACCACCAGCUGGGCGUGGCGCCGUCGGCUCUGUUCAUGGUCGUCAUGUCCAUCGGCGACGUCAUGACGCUGAAUUUCUUCUACAUGGUGCGCGACGAGGGCAGCUGGCUCGAUAUCGGCACGACGAUUAGCCACUUUUGCAUCGCGAGUGGGAUGUCGGUGUUUGUGGCUGGGUUGGAGUUCUUGAGUGAGGCGUUUAUCUCAGGGGUUGAGUUUGAGAGGAGCUAUUCCCGGGAUACGGCGGGUCUGGCGAAUGGGGAUGGAAGCCGAAACGGUGCUGGCGAGGGCCAAGUACAUAAUGGAAAUGCCAGCUCGUCGGCAGGCAUUGCUAAUUAA